AUGACUGCCCAACAACGUGUGAAAAAUGGUUCGCAGGAGUGCGAUUUCUCCCUGUGGCUGGGAGUAUCGAUCUGUUGCGUAUGGAAAUAUCAAACGAUUGCUCGUCAAAUGAAGCAAAUAGAAGAUAGCGGGAAGUAUAAGACACCAAGGGGAUUGAAUGAAACUUGCUCAGACAGCCAUUUGGAACACUUUUUGAGGUGCCCCUCAACGCCCUUUUCGGCGAUGGCGCCAGGGAAAAAACCAAAAAAUCCUUCCGCUGCACUUCAGAAGCAGGCCAAGAAUAAGGGUGCGUUGAGUUGGAGUACUCUUGUUCUAAUUAGUGCAGUUGUGGCAACUAUUUCGUAUCUUACUUACCUGGAAUUUUCCGGCACCCGUCAAUUACGGAAACUACUUCCACGUAUUGAAGGCCUCAACGUUGACAACAAAAAAUGGGGAUCCUAUCGUUCUCACACCUAUUUCGGUCUGCGCACAAGAGAUCCACGAUCACCCCUCUUUGGAGUAAUGUGGUAUGAACAGCCAGACGUGUUGCAGAAACCUCACAUGAGACACUGGUGCAAUCAAGGAGAUAAUAUCCGAGGUUAUGGAUGGUACUCCGCAGAUGGUCGUACUUUUGGUCGCCAAAAUGUUUCCGAAAUUUACGGAACACUGUCCUUUGACUGGAUAAACUAUGGUGAAUCGUGGACUACAAGAUUACGUGCAGAUACAAGAACAAGAUAUUCUGUUAUACUCUAUUUGGUGGCACAGGAUCGGCAAUCUAAGUUCCGUAUAGGACAUCAUUUAAAUGACAUUAUCACUGGAAGAACGGAGUUGUUUGGAGAUAUACGAUUGAAAGUUAAUGUUAAAAAUGAGGACCAAGUACUGCAUUCUACCCUGGUAUGGGACGACGAGGUUCAUCUAGAUCAUCUUGAUGAUCUCAUUUUUAUGAACACGCGUGCUUUAGAGUCGGAUCGCGGUCUUGUUUAUCAGUUAGAUCAGCAGAAACCUUUUAACGAAGGUCAAUUUGUAGCUAUACAGCUCAAUUUUUGGACGAAAACGGAGGUGGAGAUAGCGUUUAGCACUAUCCAUCAUGGAGCCAAGAUGAACGCAGAAUUCGAGAAAGAGCUCGUGAAAAGGGAACAGAACUUUAACCGUCAAUUCGAAACCAGCUUCAAACUGGGAAUUAAGGAUGACUCUGGUAUCGAACAAAGAAUGGCAAAGGUAGCACUGUCCAAUAUGCUAGGAGGUAUAGGAUAUUGGCAUGGGUCUAAUCGAGUGCAAGUAACGGGUGCUUCCACAACGGUAACGUACGGUCCGCAUGAGCUGUUCUCGGCAGUUCCAUCACGCUCAUUUUUUCCGCGAGGAUUCCUUUGGGACGAAGGAUUUCACAAUAUUUUGAUUCGGAAGUUUGAUCCAGAAUUAAGUUUGGAGAUUAUUGUCUCUUGGUUGAACACAAUGAGCGAGAAUGGCUGGAUUCCGCGCGAGAUGAUUCUAGGAGUUGAGGCAGAAGCGAAGGUCCCUUCCGAGUUCAUCGUGCAGCGCACAAAUGUUGCAAAUCCGCCUAGUAUCUUUUAUGUUGUUGACCAAAUGCUCGACGAUGAAAACCUGCUUUCGAAACAUGGUCCCAUUCUGGCGAGUAUGUACAAGAAACUCGAGAGAUGGUACAGAUGGCUCCAAAGAAGUCAGGCCGGGAAAAAGAAAGGAACAUUUCGGUGGCGUGGCCGAAAUGCGACAACGGUACAGGAGCUUAAUCCAAAGACAUUAGCAUCAGGACUUGACGACUAUCCUAGAGCUAGUCAUCCUUCGAAGGAGGAAUAUCAUCUCGAUCUUCGUUGUUGGAUGGCUCUCGGUAGUCGUGUGAUGGAUCGAUUGGCACAUCUUUAUGGGGAUGAUAAAAGCAAAAGCAAGUACACUGAAGAGGCAUCUGCUCUGGCAAACUUUGAUGAUCUUGUGCAGUUACAUUGGAGUGAGAACAAAAAAGGUUUUUUCGACUAUGGCCUGCACAGUGACAAGGUGAAGCUCGUGAAGAAGCCAGUGAAAGGAGCACCAGGCCAAUACGUGGUCGAGAGAUCCGUUGUCAACAAACCUCGUUUGGGUUUCGUAGAAGAUGUGUUUGGUUACAACAGCCUUUUCCCAUUAAUGCUUCGCUUAAUUCCACACGAAUCUGAGCAGCUGGGUCAUAUACUGGACAAACUAGCUGAUCCUGAGCUCUUGUGGACAAAAUACGGGCUUCGCUCAUUAUCAAGGACUUCUCCGUAUUAUGCGGCUAGAAAUACAGAGCAUGAUCCCCCUUACUGGAGAGGCUAUAUCUGGGUAAAUGCCAAUUACAUGGUACUAUCUGCGCUGAAACAUUAUGGUUCCCUCUCUGGAUCCUAUCAACUUAAAGCUCAAAAUAUAUUUAGUGCACUGAAGGAGAAUUUGGUAUCGAACAUGGCUAAGGAGUUUAAUCGCACCGGCUACAUAUGGGAGAAUUACGAUGACAAAACAGGUCAGGGACGUGGAUCACAUCCUUUCAACGGUUGGAGCUCAUUGGUCUUGAUGCAAAAAUUGUUCGAGAAUUCCGUUCACUUCGUGAUCUCUUCGUCAGCGGACGCGUUAACCGCUGCUCGGGUUCGAUUUCGAUUCAUGUCAUCGUAUGACGUUAUCGGCGAUGACGAUGAUGAGCCACUAGUUUCCAGUCCACCUUCUCUACCGGGCUCAUCAUCUACACGCGGUCGACGACGUCAGCCUUACCUGUUUACUGGAGGCUUAGGCCUUUCGCGAGAAGGCAGCAUGGUGUCACUGCAUUCUGAGGACGAGUAUAGAGACCACAACAUGGCACUUCGUUACCGUUUGUACAGCCGACUUGAUCCAGGAGGACAGCAGCUUAGAAUGCCUGACCAUGUUAUUUCAUCUGAGUUUUUCUCGAUUCUACCAUUUGACGAUUUGAAGGAUAGCAGUGGAAAACAAAACAGCUUGGUCACUAUUUUCUCUUUAUGGAACACAAUGAUGGGAACGUCGUUGCUAGCGAUGCCAUGGGCGCUGCAACAGGCUGGUUUUGUUUGGGGGAUUUUUCUGAUGCUGUCAUUGGCGUUGCUAUGCUUUUAUACCGCGUUCCGAGUCUUGGACAGUCCUAAAGGCUUAUCAGCUGGAAUGGACCCAUUUUUAAUGGAGUUUUCGGACGUCUGCCGCCAUUUUCUCGGAAGAGGCGGGGAAUGUCUUGCAGUAGGAUUUUCUGUAAUUGUGCUCCUUGGUGGUAUUAUGGUUUAUUGGGUUCUCAUGUCAAACUUUCUCUUCUACACUGGAACCGUCGUUUACGAGGCCCUCCAGCCGAAUAGUUCAACAAUUCCAAUUAUGGAGAACAAGACCUUCACAUGCGACGUGUAUUGUCCCUUAGACGAGUCCUUUCCUCCGAUAGUAAAAGAAGAAAUGAGUUCACCUUUGACCGGUAGUUGGUUCCCGUCAUCAUGGGAUUUUGACCAAUUGUGGCAGUUGCAACGCACCGUUCCUGUGUACCUCGCAUUUAUAACAUUUCCACUGAUGAACUUCAAAUCGCCCACAUUCUUCACAAAGUUCAACGUACUAGGAACGUUAUCUGUAUUUUAUUUGUUGAUAUUCACUGGUUCAAAACUGGUCGAGUGUGGUUUCAACAUGAAUCUUAGUGAUUUCAGUUCUAUUCAUUACGCCAAACCAUUCAGUUGGAGGUUUCCCGCUUUAACCGGUACCAUGACGUUGUCCUACUUUAUUCAUAAUGCUGUUAUUACAAUUCUUCGGAAUCAGAAAAACCCUGAAAAUAACGUACGUGAUCUUUCUAUUGGUUACUCGUUAGCAGCAUUCUGCUACAUCUUCAUAGGAUUCGCAUUCUAUGCAGGAUUUCCAGUGCAGAGGAGUUGCAUCAGUGAUAAUUUUCUGAAUAAUUUCGGCGCCGGAGACAUUCUGAGCAGUACUGCUAGGAUGUUCUUACUUUUUCAAAUGAUAACAGUCCUACCACUGUUAAUGUACCUUAUUCGAUCACAACUCUGCUACGCCUUCUUAGGAAAAAUAUGGCCUGGCCUUGGACCUGUUUUUUUAUUGAAUUGUGGAAUAGUGUGCAUAGCUGUGAGCGUUGCCAUGUUUUAUCCCAGAGUCGGUAGCAUCCUUCGAUACGUUGGUUCUCUUGCUGGUUUGAUUUAUGUGUUCGCUCUGCCUUCUAUUAUCUACAUGAAAAAACUGCAUUCUGAAGGCAAAUUGACGAGUACAAAACGAGUUAUUCACAUCAUCAUAAUCGUGCUGGGUAACAAGAUGUUUCUUCGACCUCUGCAAGUUUUACUGCAACCUUUGCGGUUUACGUCGACUGACAUGCGUUAUGUUGAACGAAUGCGACUUCUUGAGUACUGGGGAAUCAAGGACACUGCGCUGACGAGUGAAUUUCGGCGAUCCCAGUUUCUAGUUAUGAUCGACCGGAAACCAUUAGUGAGAAAGAAGGGAAGUAGGAUAGAGCUUGCGUGUCUCAGCUAUCCAGAGCUCCAAGGAAGCCUCGGAGAGUAUGGAUUUUCAUUUGAUACAUCCAAUAGCUGUCUUCUAGAUGCCAUAGAUGGUCCAGAUAACGGAACGAGGACUCUCCCAUACAAAAAGAUGACGUACUACGAGAACUUGGCCGAUGUCUCGAUGCGCAGUUUCUCGACCUGA